CAAGUGGACCUGCCUGCCACAGUGAAGGUUCGGGGUGGAGAUCUGACCGUGCCAUACCAGGAAAUACAGCUCCACCUGCAUUCGGGCAAGGAUGGAGCCCCAGGAUCAGAACACACCAUCGAUGGAGAAAGAUAUCCCAAGGAGGUAUGAUGAUCAAAAGAAAGGAAACAGUUCCAUAAUAAUUGAUUUAUGAUUAUCACAUAGUUUUAGAUAUUUUAAGUACAGUAUGUGUACAAUUUCUAUACAUCAAUCACAUUUACAUACACUUUUUCAUGUUCACAUGUAUUGCAAUCUUUAAUUAAUUGUUUAAUUAUAUCUCUUGACGUCCUCAGCUUCAUAUAGUAAAUAUAAAAGAGGAAUACAACUCUUUGGCUGAUGCUCUGAAAGACCCUGCAGGGGUUGGAGUUCUUGGAUUCUUUUAUGAGGUAUUUUUCUGCUUAAUCUUAUCCAACUUUCUACAACAUGAUAAAUAGAUUAGCCUCGAUUUGGGUUGUUAUGAAAUUUGAUAAAUUAUAGUCUCUGAAAAUACUGAUAUCUCUUACAUUUUCAGGAAUUGGGAAGCUCCAACAAAAAAUAUGGCUCCAUCAUGAAUGAACAAUAUCAAUAUAAACAACAACUAUUGUUUUGUAUCUUUUAUAGCAUGGAUCCAGGUCCUAAAUGAUCCAUGUUCCGGAUCGUACAGGGAUAGGCCUAUGUGAAAGUGCUGGUAGUUUAUAGUCACGUUGGUAUAAGUGCCAAGAGACUAAAGUACAACUGGCACGUGAUGAAUACAAAGUAAUAAAACCCUUAUUUUUUAACCACAGUGUCUUCGAUAAAGCUAUUAGCAAUCACUAGUAGAAUGAACAGUAGCUUAUUUUGUAGACAAAUUACAGCUCUCAUCAUAAACUGUAUUUGGCAACAUUUUACCUUAUGUUAUUACUGUGUAGUUCCAUAGAGGCAACUUAAGAUAGUUUUACCCUGUAUUUUUUCCAUUGUCUUUAUUGUGUCCACCUCUAGGCUCCAACACUACACUGAGUGGUGUGUCCCUGGACAUGUUCAUCCCCUCUCAGUGUAAUAUGACCAGCUAUUUCCGCUACCAGGGCUCUCACCACACCUCCCUGUACAGAAGCUGUAGUUUGGACCGUGUUCAAAAACACCAUUCCUCUCAGCAAGCAACAGGUACUUCAAAGGGGCAAUCAGCAGAUGAUACAUCCAUUUUUGGAUUGAUAAAUAAUUUAUAUUUACCCAUUGAUUCUUGAAGAAUAUACUGUAACUUAUAAAUGCCUCAUGAGUUUAGUUCAACUGUCAUACUCAAAAUAUAAGUGUGUUUUUUGUGAACAAAGUAAAUGUAAGCAAACAAUAUAUUGCCUCAAAACAUGGAUGGUCAGUCCUUGCAUCCAUAGCUCUGUCUGUGAAUUUGAGGGUGCUUACAUUUGUCCAGCCCCAUCCCUCAGCUUUUUACUGCAACAGGGGCGGGGAGUGGGUUUGUUAUUUCUACUGCAGAUUUCCAUUUUAAAGAAUUACCUUUGGCAUUACCUCACCUCACCUAUGUCACUAGUAUACCUGACAUUAUACUUGUACAAUCAUACCUGCUGUGUCACUGAGAAUGUAAAUGUAUUGUAAACAAGUUAAGUUGUUCUCUAUAUUACUUUAUUGAGUUGUAUUUUGUACUGUAUGUUAGUUUCAUCUUUGUGUCCUACAGCUUGCUGCAUUUUCUCAGCUUCAGUUUGCUGGUGAAGAGCCUAUGGUGGGAACCUAUCACCCAGUCCAGCUGUUGACUGGUCGC